UAUAGCAUUACUAGGUUACGAAAUACAUUGUGAAAAUGAAAUAGGAUGGUGAUAUAUCCAGUCGAUAGAACUUGGGCUAUGAGCUGAUACGCCGAAAAAAGACCGAGGCCGUGCCAACACCUAACUCCGCAUUGCUCUACCUAAAAAUAUACUGACUUACCCAAUCUACUAUCUGCCCUUUUACCGAGCCAACUAUCUGUACGUACAAGAUAGGUAUCUCAAAGCGACAACUAUCUCUGUAGUACAUACAUGCCUAGGUGUACGUCGCGCGAAGGAUCCCUUCUAUCUUAUAUACAACCCUUAUUACAGAGCCACUUCCACCCCCUCAAUCAUUCCGCGCAUUCGGUAAUCGGAGAGCCCUGCCUGUCUCCAUCUGAUGCCAUUUAAAUGAUGGCGACUAUUCGUCCUCGAGAAGAUUCGGAUAUCCCAACCUGUCUCCGAAUUCUCGACGCUGUUUAUAAGUCCACCGGCUAUCCUGUGGGAGGCGUUAAUAAUUCAGUCUCAUUCUUUACCAAAAACGAGACGGCCUGGGUCGCCGAAGUUAAUGGUAUGGUCGUGGGUCAUAUAUCCCUCACCAAAGCCAGCUCCGAGAAUGUCGCCGUAGCUCUGUGGAAGCAACGAUACCCAGAGGAUAUUGAUAUUGCGGUUUUAGGGAGACUUUUUGUUCACCCCGAGAGCCGUAGGGGAGGCGUGGCUAGCAGACUUAUUGAGACCGUCAUCGAGGAAUCCCGAAGGACGGGGCAGCGCCUACUCUUGUUUGCUUUGGUCAAAGACCAGGAUGCCAUUCGCCUAUACCGUAGAAUGGGUUGGAAUCAUUUCGGCAGCACUAUCUUCAGAUGGGGAAACAAUAAUGAGAUGGCUGCUGAGUGUUUUGCUAAUCCAGUAUUCUUGUAGCUCCCUAAUUCGACUUAAGAGGCUGCCGACGACCGUAUAAGUCACUUGGAUAGAGCACUAUCUGCAAUGGUUAGUUGUAUAUCCCUACCUCCAUCUAUUCUACCUAUAACCCUCAUGCUAAUAUAAGUGUAGUCUGGUUCUGUAGAUGGAUGAACGUACCUGAACACACUAUACAUUACAUACAUAUGCAGUGAUGGUUAUUCGGUUAUGACGGCAGAACGCAGUUACAUAAAUAGCUUAAGAUUUAACUUCUUCUAUGCAUGAGCAGGCACUUACCUAGGUAUGCGCCUCCCUUCAAUGUUAUUCUGCUACAUGCACACAUGCACACAUGUAUCCUUAGGUACUGAGCCCCUGAAUUCACUCUGUCUUAUUGACCUACUACUAUAUGUAGGUACAUGUAGGCACUUCUCCCCAUCCAGUCCCUCCAGUCUAUUUCCAUUCACCUACAAAUAUGCACUCGCUCUUUCUGCCGAGUGA